AUGGCGAAAGAGAAUCUGAAGUCUCUCAUCACAUCUUUCACUCCCAAAGGUGACUACUGCGCCAUUUUGUCCCCCGACGGCAUCGUUAAGCUCUGGAACACUAGUGAUGGAAGUCUAUUAGCAGAGUGGAAGCAUGCAGACUCGGUUACAGAUUUUAGUUUUUCUUGUAUGGCUUGUGGAUUCGUUGGGAAGAAGCGCAGAAAAGAACAAGGUAUUUGCUUAAUUGCUCUUGGCACAACAAUUGGGGAUGUUUUAGCUAUCAACGCUUUCACCAGUGAGGUGAAGUGGAAAUCUAUUGGUUGCCAACCUGGGAAGGCCCAAGACAUCAUUGUGAAGGUGGUGCCACUUCUUCAUCUAGCGUAG